AGUUCCGUGGAAUAAACAAACCAAAUUAUACGAAGUUAUGUCAAAAUCUGUUCAAAAAUCUUGACAACUAAACUCUUAAACUACUUUGGCAAGUGCGUUCUUUAAAAAACAACAAAAGUUCUAGUGCUGUGUGCAAUUUUUAAAUUGCGCUAUUAGAUUUACCGAAUACCGAUAUUUUUAAAUUGAUCACUCUUGCACUUAGAAUGCCGCGCGGUAAAAUUAAACAAACAGCAGCAGCGGCAAGUGUUCGCUCUAAAAAUACAAACAAUAAGGAGGAAGACAUAAAAACUAUUAAAACAGAAAACAUAGAAAUCAAGAUUGAAGCACCAGAGCCUCCUGAAGACGCGCCGAGUCCAAGUAAAAUAGACUUGAGUCAAUUUAAAUUCGAGAGGAAACCGCACGUUAAAAUCGAAUAUGAUAAAGAAUCUCCAAAAAAGUCAGAGAAAGAAGAAGCAAAAGCAAAAGGACUAUGGGAGCCAGCUAAUUGGAAAGAGUUCCUGGUGAACUUGAGGAAUAUGAGAUCCAACAAUGAUGCUCCGGUUGAUACCAUGGGCUGCCACUUAAGUGGUGAUCAAAAAGCUGCACCUGAGGUUUAUAGAUAUCAGUGUCUGAUAUCCCUGAUGCUGUCCAGUCAAACAAAGGAUCAAGUAACUUUUGCAGCUAUGGAGCGUCUCAGAGCAAGAGGGUUAACAGUAGACAAUGUUUUACAAAUGAGUGAUGAUGAACUGGGCAAGCUGAUUUAUCCUGUAGGAUUUUGGAAGACAAAAGUGAAGUACAUCAAGAAAACAACUCAGACUUUGAAGGAACAGUAUAAUGGAGAUAUACCAGACUCUGUAGAAAAGCUCUGCAAGCUGACUGGUGUGGGACCAAAGAUGGCACACAUCUGCAUGCUUGUUGCUUGGGAUAAAGUCACUGGGAUCGGUGUAGACACACAUGUCCAUCGAAUAAGCAACAGAAUAGGUUGGGUAAAAAAACCAACAAAUACACCAGAAGAAACUCGGAUUGCCUUGCAAACUUGGCUGCCUUUCGAUCUAUGGAGUGAAGUUAAUCAUCUUCUAGUAGGAUUUGGUCAAACCAUCUGUUUGCCUAUAGGCCCGAUGUGUCAUGAGUGCUUGAACAGAGACAUAUGUCCAUCAAGCAACUUGGGUAGAAAGUCACCUAAGAAGACCCCAGUGAAGAAAGAAGUCAAAAGUGAAAACUCUGGUGAUGAAUUUGAAGUCAAACCACCCAAAAGUAGAAAAGUCACACCAAGAAAGGAGUUAAAUGAUGAAAAUGUGAAAUCAGAAGCAAAGCAAGAUAACUUAAAUGUUAAAAAUGAAAUAGCAGGCAAAGGAAAUGAGAAAAAGUCACCUCGAAAGAGGAAGGUGACACCAAAAAAAGCAGAUCAAGUAAAUUCAGAUGAUAUGAAUGAUUUUGAAGAAACAUCAAAAGUGGCAGUCAAAGUAGCGCCAAAGAAAAAAGUAACUCCUAACAAAAAAUCCAAAAUAGAUGAUGUUGAAGUUAAAAAUGAUAAACUGACAACUAGAAGUGGUCCUCAGAAGAAAAAGACUCCACAAAAGAAAACACUUUCUGCCAAUGAAAAUAGUGAUGGAGAUAAUGAAAAUAUUCCACAGAAUAAUAGCAAGGAAAAUAUUGUGGAGCAAGAAUUAACAACUAAAAGCAGAAACACUAGGAGCAAGGCAGAACCAACACGAAAGUCUGCAAGAAAUAAAGCCAUCUCAUAAAAAAAAA